GACCACAUGCGCAUGCUUAGUGAUGUGACGCAGUGUUCCAUGUGUGAGAGAGCAGCUCAUUAUUUGGCAACCGGAGUGGCAGCGGGCAGGGCUGAAGAGGGGAUCCCCGGGAUAUAUUUUUUUUUUUUUUUUUUUUUAAACAUCGAAUUACGGGAGUAAAUAGUCUGUCAAAACAAGUGAAAAGCUAAAGGGAAAGCGCUACAGCGACACCUCUUCUCCGCAUUUGUGUUGUGGAAUGCAGACGACGGCGUAUCCCUCCCUCCCAGUUGCAGGCCAGCCGCCUCUCCUGCUGCCAGUCGGUCUCUCCAGGGGUUAAAACCACAGACCGGUUUAAACCGGUUCUCAGGGAAGUGCUUUAUGUCUCCCGUGGAAUCUUGGGAAGGGUCAUGUGGAGCUCUGCUCUGGUGAUGUCACAGUGGAUGAAAAAUACCUUGAGUCAGCAGCUUUCUUUAUCUGAUGGGAGAAGUGUGUACACAGGUAGAGCGAUGUCGGAGGAGGCGGUGCGUCAGACGCGCAGCCGGAAGCGGGCCCUGGAGAGGGACAUGGUGGCCCCUGGCAGCCCUGGAGGGGAGCUGGACAGUAAGAAGGUAAAGCUGGAGAACUGUGACCUGUUACCUGCCGCAGACGGACCUAUAGCUCUAGUGGCUGUGGGUGGAGGAGGAGAUGUGGUGAAGACUGAGCAGACAGCCAAGGUGGCCAGCAUGAGCAUCCUGAAGACCGGUGAGGUCAAGGCUACCGUCAAAGUGGAGGUGCAGACCGGGGACAGGCCUGUAGAUAUGAGCACAUCCAAGAGUGACGUAAAGAAAGAGAGGCAGCUCCUGUCAUCAAAUGAUGAUGUCAUAGUGCUGUCAGACAACGAGCCGUCCAUCCCCAUCAUGAACGGCCUGAACCACUACAGAAAGACAGACACUGACCUGCUCAUGAAGAGCAGGCCAGAUGAGAGGGAGCACGUCAUCAAACAGUUGAAGGAGGAGCUGAGACUACAGGAGGCCAAGCUGGUGCUGCUGAAGAAACUACGACACAGCCAGAUCCAGAAGGAGAGCGCUGUACAGAAGCCAACCUCUGGCUCUGUGGCCACUCCUCCACCUCUGGUCAGAGGCAGCAUCGCAUCAGGCAAAGGACCGCUACAGGUGUCGUCAGGCCGUAGCUCAGGCACAGUGAUCCCUCCUCCAUUGGUCCGGGGUGGGCAGCACGUCCCGUCCAAGCAGAACUCCCAGACCGUCAUGCCACCCCUGGUCAGAGGGGCACAGCCCAUCGCGGUGUCUCCCCAGCAGAUCGCGUCCCUGCGGCAGCAGCAGCAUUCAGUGUCGGGCCCCCCUCCCCUGCUGCUGGCCCCCAGGGCCUCGGUCCCCAAUGUCCAGGUGCAGGGCCAGAGGGUCAUCCAGCAGGGCCUCAUCAGGGUGGCCAAUGUCCCCAACACCAACGUCCUGGUCAACAUACCACAGGUCAGAACACACUCUAUCACCCAGGGCUCACAGAAGGGCUUAUCUGUGACGUCUCAGGCUGGGAUGGGCAGUGGCGUGUCCACGGUCCAGGCCAACGAGUCCCCGGCCGCUCGCCAGGCGGCCGCCAAGCUGGCGCUGCGUAAGCAGCUGGAGAAGACACUGUUGGAGAUCCCUCCUCCCAAACCUCCCGCCCCCGAGUUCAACUUCCUGCCGUCAGCAGCUAACAACGAGUUCAUCUACCUGAUGGGCCUGGAGGAGGUGGUGCAGAACCUGGUGGACACACUGGGACGGGGCAAGAAACCGGGUCAGUCAGUGACCCCCGUCCCCAAGGAGCCGCACACCUGUGCCCAGUGCAAGACGGACUUCACGUCGCGCUGGCGCUCGGAGAAGAGCGGCCCCGUCCUGUGCGACCACUGCAUGUCGUCCAACCUGAAGAAGGCCCUGAAGGCAGAGCACACCAACCGGCUGAAGGCGGCCUUCGUCAAGGCCCUGCAGCAGGAGCAGGAGAUAGAGCAGCGGAUCCUCCAGCAGGCCGCGUCUCCCGUCUCCAAAACGUCGCCCUCUUCCUCUGGGAUGAAGAGUGAGCAGCAGCAGCAUGUGCUGGCGUCUCAACAGUACAAGCAGGCCAGAGCCCAGCUCCAGCUUCAGCAGCAGCAGCAUAGAGGCAUGCCUAUGGCCCGCCACCACUCCUCCAUCAAGCAGAGCUCUGGUCAGAUGUCCCGUAGUGUGCAGCAGGCGGUGGGGUCUCGCGGUGUCACUCACUCGUUCUCCACGUCCUCUCAGCAGCUGCAGAACGCUGUGACCGCAGCCGCGCUGGUGAGCAGGCCAGGUAAGCAUGCCAUGCGCCCGGCGCAGGGCGCAAAGGGCAGCAGUGGCAGCAGUAACCCCUCGGCCAACGCCAACGCCUGGAGGAAGCAGACCACCGGGAACUCAGGUGUGACCAUGGCCUAUGUGAACCCCAGCCUGUCUGUCCACAAGACCACCACCUCAGCCAACCUGGAGCGCCAGCGAGAGUACCUCCUGGACAUGAUUCCCUCCCGCUCCAUCUCCCAGACAUCAAACACAUGGAAAUAACACCACCACUUAAUAUCAAUCUGAAUAAUAGUCAUUCUCAUGAUUAACUUAACAAUGGAAUCCUCUUGGGAAAACAACACCAGAUGAUCUACUCUCGAGCUAUGAAAUAAAAACAACACCCACCAUCUUCCUUUCUUCCUCUGAUGUCCGGAGUCUUCAAUUCCAUUGUGGAGUACUGGUGUUACUGGGACAGUACAGGGCUCUGAGAUAAGCUACAUCCCAUGAGUCAAAGGGGUUGCACGAACUUAAUCUCUCUCAAACAGUUUUGGUGCCCCUCUGCCCUUUCCUCCAUGGCCGUAUCUGUGGCUCUCCUUGGCUCUGCAGGUGACAGGACAGUUAACAUCAUCCACUGGGAAUUAUGCCUCUUCAUACUUACUUCACCCCCCCCUUCUACCUAGAAGAUCCAGGACCGGGUCUCUCUCUGGCCUCAGUGGCAGGCUGGUGGCACCUGACUGACUGACUGACUGACUAGAGGACCAUCCACGGAAUACGAAAAUGGCUUCAGCUUUGCAAAAACUAAAUAAUAAAAAUAAAAACAUCUACACACACAGACUGCCUCCUCUUUGAACCGACGGUGGUGCAGAACUGAGGAGAAGCCUAGAGUGUGUCUGGUUAUUUUGUAUGGUUGAAUGUUAGAUUAUUUUUUCUUUUUUUUCUGUAAAUCAUAUCCUGUGUCGAGAUUGUGCUCCCUACUAUUUUGGAAUUGGACUCGUGGAGGUCUGUGUGUGAAAGGUAACGUUACUGUUGAGGUGGUUUUACAUCUGCUAGUUUAGUGUUUAAUUUUUUUUUUAAGACUUGUUUUCUAAGCUGAAAAGAACAUGAAGUAACUGACUUAAUAUGUACAAACAUGGAACACAUUGUGGGAGGACUAUUCUUCUUGAAUUUAAUUUUAAUUUUUAUGUAACCUUCCAAAGAAAUGGUUGAGCCCAAAUGGAUCACUUCUUUCUACUGUUUUAACCCUCGUCGUUAAAAUAAAGACAGGAUGUGCUUUUUUUCUGAAAUGCAAAAGAGGAGGGGGAAGGGAUGUCAUCUUAUGAAAUAAUUUUGCUUUUAGUCAUCGGUUGUGGUGCAUUACUUUUCUUCUUAUAGGCAAAUGCAGUCUCUAGGUAUACUUAAAUACUUUUAGUGUUUUCUUUUACAAGGGAGAGUGUAUGAGUUAUGUCACGUCCCUUAAUUAGCUAGCUAGCUAGCCCAUCUGGUGGAAAGGCCAGCGGUAUUGCAUUUUUAUAGGUGGUGCAGUAGAGGGUGAGAAGCUGUUGAAAUAUGCACCAUGCUUACAAAGCUCCCUCUCAGACGGAAUAAGACGGUGCUGUGUCAGUAUAUGAGGGCUUACGAGGUCGAGCUUCUGUAUCAAAACAUGGUUCAGAACUACACAACAGUUCAGUGGCCUAGUAGAAAUUAAUCUGAAAGGAAAUGAUCAAACGACAAUGCUUUGAAUUUAGGUUGUAUCUUAAUGUCUUGUGCAGCCAAAUACAUUUUUCAUUUUUUUUCCUCCUACAAAUGUCCCUGCUUUCUCCUGAUAAGUUUUGAUAGCAGUGUGUGUCCUCAGAAAGUGCAGUCUUAAUUAAUACAUUUUCAUUUGAACCCUGUUGUUUUCUGUAACCACCAAGCUAUUUGUCUGAUCACCCAUUGUUGUUAUAAUUUUGGUACCUUGUUUUUCCAUAGCUGCCCCUAGAUCAGAUUUCAGAUAGAUUAAUUUGCUUGCAUCUCUAAUAACACCACAUUCUCCAUAUAGUGAACUACUUAAGAUAGAGCUCUGGGUAAAAUUAUUGAACUAUAUAGGGUGUAAUUUGAGAUUCGCCUGUUUGUCAAUCUCUUGGAGCCCUGCUCUCAGAACCAUGAUGGCCGAUGGUUAGGGUCCUGGCCAGUGUUCCAGGGGUUAUGGCCAGAAGGAAUACAGCUUAUGUCAGAAAUGGCCAAAAAUGACUUUUCAUAGCAGGUUAGGAGAAUUAGGUAAAGGUUAGGAAAAGGGUUAGGGUUAGCUAAAAUGCAAAAAAUCCUAAACAAAUUUUGAUGUCAAUUUCACAUACUGUGCUGUCCUGACUACUGCCUGCUGCUGUUUGACAACCUACACCAUUCCGUUUUACCAGGGGUGCUAGUACUGUUUAGCGCAUAGCACCUCACCCUUUAAAAAUAAAUGUACAAGAAAUGUUUCUAUUUGUUUUUUUCUCUGCUCUGUCAAGUAAUAAUAAUAAAACUAAUUUUAACCCCU